CCACCGAUCACUGUCGGUAUAUUAUCUUCCCAUCAACAAGUGGAAGAAAACAUUAGAAAUGUUAACCGUCGAAAAGGUUACUCGAAAGUUAGAAGAUACAAAGAAGUAGUUGAAGAAGGCUGA